AUGGCUACCAAUACCGUGGAGCGGCUGGCAGAGAAUCUCCAGGCGCCACUGUUAGAUGACAGAUCCUAUCGAGUCGUAAGGCUGCCAAAUAAACUCGAAGCGCUCCUUGUGCACGAUCCAGAUACAGACAAAGCAAGCGCAUCCGUCAGCGUGGACGCUGGCAGCUUCAGUGAUGCCGACGAUAUGCCUGGGAUGGCACAUGCUGUAGAACAUCUUCUUUUCAUGGGCACCAAAAAGUAUCCAGUUGAAAACGAGUACAGUCGUUACCUGACUGCACAUUCCGGAUACUCCAAUGCCUACACAGCCUCUACACAGACGAAUUAUUAUUUCGAAGUCUCAUCCUCUUCGCAGUCGGGAGAAAACGGGGUUGUCAAUGGAAAUCCGCCUUCUCCCUUGUACGGCGCACUAGAUCGAUUCGCUCAGUUUUUCAUUAGCCCUCUUUUCCUGUCCUCGACCCUUGACAGAGAACUCAAGGCUGUCGACUCAGAAAACAAGAAGAAUUUACAGAGCGACGCCUGGCGUUUGCGACAACUUGAUCAUAGUCUGUCAAAUUCAAAGCACCCGUACCAUCACUUUUCUACGGGUAAUCUGGAGACUUUACGUGACGAACCAAGAGGACGAGGUCUGGACAUACGUAAAGAAUUUAUCAACUUCCACGACAAACAUUAUUCUGCUAACCGAACAAAACUGGUUGUGCUGGGAAAAGAGAAUUUGGACGAGCUGGAGCAGUGGGUCGCCGAGUUUUUUGCCCCUGUUCACAACAAGGAUCUGCCACAAAAUCGCUGGGAUGAUGCUCGGCCGUACACGUUGGAGCAACUUGGGACUACGAUCUUUGCAAAGCCUGUCAUGGACUCAAGAUCCAUAGAUUUGUCGUUCCCCUUUUUAGACGAGGAGCAUUUGUACGAUACGCAGCCAAGCAGGUACAUAUCGCAUUUAAUUGGUCAUGAAGGACCUGGCAGCAUUUUGGCCUACAUUAAAGGUAAAGGGUGGGCAAACGGUCUGUCCGCCGGCGCUAUGCCAGUUUGUCCAGGAACAGCUUUCUUUAGCAUAUCUAUCCGCCUGACAGAAGAAGGACUAAGGCGGUACAAAGACGUGGUCGAAGUCGUGUUCGAAUACGUCUCUCUUAUCAAGGCCCAGUCCCCUCAAAAAUGGAUAAUGGACGAAGUUAAAGGUAUGGCAGAGGUUGACUUCAAAUUUCGAGAGAAAACGCCAGCAAGCUCUUUUGCCAGCAGUAUGAGCAGUAUAAUGCAAAAACCCCUGCCUCGAGAGUGGUUAUUGAGUGGCUUAGAAUUAAUCCGCAAGUUUGAUGAACCGGCAAUCAGUAAAGCUAUGGCUCAUAUUAGGCCGGACAAUUUCCGUCUCACUGUAGUCAGUCGAGAUUUUCCUGGUGACUGGAAUCAAAAGGAGAAAUGGUACGGGACUGAAUACAAAGUUGAACGAUUUGAUGCCGCAUUUAUGACCGGACUUGAGAAAGCAGCGUCAAUUUCUGGUGACCACCGAAUACCUGAUCUACACCUACCACAUCGUAAUGAAUUCAUUCCAUCAAACCUUGACGUUGAGAAGAAGGAGAUUGAAACACCUUCUACUGCACCGAAGUUAAUCCGUAACGAUGAAUCGAUGCGCAUAUGGUGGAAGAAAGACGACACGUUCUGGGUUCCUAGAGGGUCAGUGCACAUCAAUUUUCGAAAUCCAUUGCCAAAUGCGACACCGGCUUGCAUGAUCAAGUCACGGCUGUUUUGUGAACUUGUAAAAGAUGCCUUAGUGGAGUACUCAUACGAUGCUGAGAUAUCGGGCCUGGACUAUCAUUUAUCGAAUUUCCGCGUUGGCCUUGGUGUCGACAUAGCUGGCUACAAUGACAAGAUGCCAGUACUCCUGGAAAAAGUACUACUAUGCAUGCGAGAUCUUGAAGUCAAGUCGGAUAGAUUCGGCAUAGUCAAGGAAAGAUUGUUACGAGGAUAUCGAAAGUACGACUUCCAGCAGCCGUAUAAACAGGUAGGAGACUAUACCAGUUGGCUUAUUGUAGACCAGAGCUGGAUCGUCGAACACCUCAUUGCAGAGCUCCAGCCCCUUACUGUCGAGGAUGUCGCUACCUUCUUCCCACAAUUACUUCGCCAGUUGCACGUGGAAAUGUUCUGCCACGGCAACAUUUACAAAGAGGAUGCACUGAAGAUGGCGGACUUGAUCGAGAAGACGUUCAAUUAUCGUGCCCUGCCUGCUUCGCAAUGGCAAGUUCGAAGAAACGUCCUCUUCGCCCCAGGAGAUGAUUUUACGUACCAAAGAAAGCUCGAUGAUCCUGCUAACGUCAACAAUUGUAUUGAGUAUUAUCUGCCUGUCGGCGCUGUCGAUGACAGGACUGCAAGAGCCAAGUUGUCGCUACUCUCACAGCUCACAGACGAGCUCGGGUUUGACCAGCUCCGUACCAAAGAACAGCUUGGUUACGUUGUCUGGACAGGUUCGAAGAUAAACAAUACGACGAUGGGCUACCGCGUGAUCAUCCAAUCAGAGCGCUCCGUAGAUUAUUUGGAGGAACGGAUCAAUGCUUUCCUAUCACUCUUUGGCAAGACGUUGGAAGAAAUGUCUGCAGAAGAAUUCCAAUCACACAAGCGGAGCCUCAUCAACAAGCGUUUAGAAAAGCUGAAAAAUCUUAGCCAGGAAACCUCUCGCAUCUGGACGUACAUUCAGAGCGAGUAUUACGACUUUUUCGCGCGCGAAGCUGAAGCCAAUUACAUUGAACCGUUGACCAAGCCUGAAAUGAUAGAAUUUUUCAAGCAUUAUAUAGACCCAAGCUCACCUACUCGUGCGAAGCUGUCCGUGCAUCUCAAGGCACAAGUCACGCCUAAAUCGAUAGCUGGCAGCAUGACACCAGCUGAGCAGAAGGAGAAAGUCCUUUCCGUGAUAUCAAAAUCUCUCACUGCAGCUGGCAUCGAGGCUAAUUUGGAACAUCUGCAGAAAGUCUUUGAGGACGUGGAUGUCGCUGGAGGGGACAGGACUAGUAUCUCAAACGCUAUCCGAGAGUUUUUGUCCUCCAACAACGCUAUGUCCGAAGACCAAGUAUCUCAGUUGAUGGAACAGGUACCGCAGCUUCUUGGCACUCUUCUACCUGGACUUGGGAUCGAAAUGAAACCCGAGGCAGAUGCGGAGGAUGCUGAAGCCGAGCUACCACCUGCUCCUAAAGUCAAGAGGACCACUUACGUGGACGAUGUCCGGGAAUACAGGUCCCGUUUAGCAGUGAGCGCUGGCCCUGUGCCAAUUAAUCCUUUGAGCGACUAUGAGGAUUUCGAGCCAAAGCUGUGA